CAAACUAAGCCUUAAACUUUCGUCUCCUUUAAUCGAUAGUUUUCGAGUUAGGAAUUUUUAAAAUGUAAAAUCACAGGUAAAAUUAACAAUUAUUACAGCGAUUUGUCAAAUGUAGUUGUCAAUAAUAUGCCAAAUUAACAAUUUGAAGAUGGUUAAAGCCUCAGCUAAAGCGUCUACAAAGACGUCCACUAAAACAAAAAAGCAAAAAAGUACGGCUAGUCUUCCGGAAGGACAGCACGGAUCGCUGAAAUCAAAAAUAAGCGUUUUGACCGAAGAAGACUUAACGAAUUCGGCUGAAAUUACAAUUGAUAUACAAAGUUACCAAAAUAUUCCACCGAGUUAUCCUUCUUCUUAUUUAUUGACCAAAUGUCAAUAUAUGGGAAAAUGUAUUGGGGAAAGUACAAAAUUGUUACUGACUGAUGAUUCGAUACUAAUGAGUGAUCACAAAUUUAUAAUUCGCUGUAACAUUGAUUCCCCCAAUGGUUUAGAUAAAUUAGUUACCAACCCGGUGAUCCUCCAAGUUUUUCAAUUACCGAACACGAAUUCGCGUUUAUUAGAGAGCGAACACAAAUUGGACAUUGAAAAAGUCAUUUUAGACGAAAGUUUAUCAUCAAUUGAAAGUGCAAUCAGUUUAUAUGAAGCACUGACGGGAGAUGUGGUAGAAAAAGUUGACAUUAUUGCUUCACCGAGUCGCAAAAAAAAUAAAGGCAAGUCGAAGAAGAAAAGCAAAGACAAAUUAAGCAAGUCAAGUAAAGGAAGUAGGCAAAGUAAAGAGAAAGUUAAAAAGAAAUCAAGUAAAGACAGUAAGAAAUCUAAAAGUUCGUCGAAAGCAUCAUCGAGAAAAGAACAUAGCAAAGAAAAACUUCCAAAAGCAAAAGACGACAGUCUUAAAAGCGAAACGGAAACAGGAGCUUGCGUUAUAGAUUUACUGCCUCUCAUUUAUGGUAACUCCACUUUUACGGAAUUUUUGCCGCUAAUCGUCCCUCACACGUUUUGUGAUGACCGGAUGGCCAGGUAUUCACACAAACCCGGAAUCUCUGUAAUGGUUUCAAUCGAUAAACCUGUAGAAUUUUCUUGCACACCCGUUUUAGCAAAUAUAACAUUAGAAUCGAUUUACAACAUUCCCACACUCAUGAAUAACGAAAUGGAAUAUCAAGUUUGUGUUGUGAUGCCUUCUGUAAACCUGCCUCAGAAACCAGUGUUAUUUAAAAAUGGAACUUAUACAGAAGUGGCACUACAAAAGGAGUACAAACAGUGGUCGGAAAUUCCAAAAGAUAAUUAUUUUAAUAAAACAGCAUACAAAGUGGAAAGUGAUAGCAGCAGUGUUAAAAACUAUGUCGACAAUGUUAAGAAUAUAGAGGAAGCAACCAAUGAGAAGAAACCAAUGAUAGAGUUCAACUGUAUCAAAAGAAAUAUUUUCUUAAAAGAAGGUUUUUUCUUGUUGUAUGAUCACAUUCGAAAGCAUCGUAGAAUUGUAAUUGAGUUUUAUGUCUUUAAAAAACAAACUGAAACCAAAAAAGAGACAAAACCGAAAGUCAAAAAUAAGACGGGAACUUCUUCGUCAACAAUUGACGAAGUUAAAAAAGAAAAACCAACAAGUUAUCUUCACUUAAUGGCCGUUGUUGAUCUUUCGUCGCUUAUUUUUCCUGGAGUUACCAAGCUCCGUUUAGCAACACCCUUGACCACAUUUCAUCACAAAGAAGCCCUCCUUUAUGGUGGUUUAAAAGACUCAUAUUUUUUUCCUUCUCCAAAACUUGAACCAGCAGUAUUACAUAAAAACGAAUCUAAAUUGAAAGCUCCCAAAAAAGAUAAAAAGUCAAAGAGCGACAAAUCUAGCGCUAAAUCUAAAGGAAGUAAGAAAACAAAAGAAAGUAAAAAAUCUAAAGGGAGUAAAAAAUCAAAAGAGAAAAAGGACAAGAAACAUCCGAAAGAAGAAUUAAAUUUAAACGAUGUGUUACCAUCGGAACCCCCUCAUGAAGCACCCCCCGAACCUAGUAAAAAGGUGUACAAUGAGAAGGGCCAACCAACUUUUAUUGUAUUAGAAAUUGAAUUGACACAACCCCUAGUGGAAAAGACAUCAGUUAGUGAUUUACACGGCAGCUUGAAGGAGUUAGUGCAUGUAAAACCAGAAGUCUCAAAAAUAAUGCUUAACAAUCAACUGGACAAAACAUUAUACAAAAAAAUAGUAAAAGAAGUCAUAUUGAAAAUAAAUGAAACGUAUUCUACCUACAUCGAAAAGAAAAAUCAGUGUCAUUGUUCAAACCAAGCGGACUUUUUGACUUACAUAAAACGUUCCGGGUUGUAUCAAAACUUGAUUUUUACUAUAGGACAUGUCGCUUGUUUGAUUGCCCAAUUUAAACUAAACAAAAUCGAAAAAGUGCAGUCAAUUCAUGAGUAUCAUAAUUUUUUAGAACAAAUAUUUAUUUGGUUGAUGAAUGAAGUGAAUCAUGUUUUAAAUGAAAUGACGAUUAUAGGCAGACAUGUUAAGGAUUUUCCCGAGAGUUCGCUAAAGGAUCUUUUGUUUUAUGCUAAAGAAGCUGAAGAAAUUCGCAAUUCGGCUUUGGCGGAACAUUAUUACUUAAAGAGACUGCAGUACAGUCCAAAAAAUCCUGAUCCAUGGUUUGAAUUUGCUAUUUAUAAAGUCGCGAAAGGGCAUUACGAAAGUGCUCUGAUGUGUUUACAAGAGGCUUUAAGUAGGAAACUGUAUCAUCGAAACAGUUUGUUAUUAACUGGUGUGCUCCUAGCAGAAACCAAACGUUUCAAAGAAGCCGAAAUGUGUUUAUUGACUUUAAUGGUUCAAGAAUCCCGAUGGACUGAAGGCUGGGCUGUCCUCUAUUUAUUCUACAAAGAAAUCGAUAAUUCGGGGGGAAUGGAUUUAUCAAAAGAAAUGGUGUUAAAGUAUAUGGAGGAUCCUCGAUCUCCGAUUGACGAUUUUAUGAAAAACGGGGACUUAGUUUGGACAUCGGAAAUAUGUCCUAAUACUUUAUAUUUUAAAGCGAGCGUUAUUCUUUUGAAAAUGAGAGUAUAUUCAUGGGUGGAGAAUGCAUUAGCGUGUGAGCUGAAAGAGCCUGGUGUUGUUCAUUAUCUAUUGGCUGUAAUUUGUUAUUACAAGAGAAAUUAUCAACACGCACUUGAACAUUUAGAACGAGCACGUUUUUUUCAUGGUUCUGACUGUGCUGUUUUAAGUUUGACAGGGCAUUGCUACUUUGCCAUCGGCAAACAACAAGAAGCAUACGAGGAGUAUUCACACAUUUUAGAAUCGUUUCAAAGACCCGAUGAUAUUCAUCUAGUUUAUUUAAACUGUGCUAAGGUUGCCCCCAAUGCCCAGGAAGCAAAAAAAUUAUUACUCACAGCUUGUAAACAUAGACCCACACCAUACACAUGGAUGGCUUGUGGAAUUGCAUAUUUGAAAUUGAAAGAUUUUAUGAGUGCCGAGGAGUGCUUUUCAGAAUCAGUUUUCUUAGACAAUUCUAGAGCUGAUGCUUGGGGGUAUUUAACAUUAGCUAAUUUGAAAAUGCGAAGGCUCAAUGAGGCUGAAACUUGUUACGCAUUAGCGCUAAAGAAUGAUUUAAAAGAUCAAUAUUUGCUAGACGAAAUCAAAAAUGGGUUUGAACAACUAAAAUCAAAAUAAGUUGUCUUUAUUAAUUUGUUUUGCAUCAAAUACAUGUACAAAUUCUAAGUAUAAAUAAAACACAAAACAUUAU